CAAAUAUAUCAUUUCUCAUUUUUCUCUUCCAAGAUUUCAUGGAGACCUACUAUUGCGAUUUAAUUGAUGUUACACCUCUUGGAAGCUUUGCUACUAUGUUCUUCUCUAAUCAGGAAUUUGGAGAGGUGGAUCCAAAUUUCAUUCGUGAAUUUGGUCAUGAACUUCCUGUAGAAUGGAGAAUAAUGGAUUACCGAUUUGAACAUCAUCUUGUUACAUACAACAAAGAUGAAAUUCAUCCUCUUCUGACUGAUGGAUGGAAACAGAUGAGAGAUCAUUUCGACCUUCAUAAGAAUGAAGAAAUUCAUUUUGCGUAUCAUGGUAAUGGUCUUUUUGGCAUCACGGCUGCAAGAAGAUUUGUAAGUGAAGAUCAAAUACCAAACUAUCAUAGCCGAUAUACUAUUGGUAAUUGUGCUAGAUUUCAAGUGGAACUCACGCGUGAUAACAUAAGGAAUCCAUAUUUGAGCUUAUGGGAUAUGUUUGCAGUUUUUUUGAGAAAUUCUAAUGUGGAUGUUAUAACUGCUUGCUGUGACAAUGGAUCAAAGACUGAUCUUCAAGUUGCAAUUCACGAUAAUCCUUUUCCGGUUACCGCCUUAGGACCUGGUUGGUAUGGUUUUUGUCGCAAAAAUGGGUUUCGUGCCGGUGAUGAACUAUGCUUUAAUUUUUCGCUUGUUAACUCUGGUAAUAAUGUUGUGCGCGUAUUUAAAAUCUGAAGAGAAAAAGAAGAUGAUUUUGGAAGCUUGAUAUUGGUGGAAAAAAGGGAGGUUGCAAAGAUAAGUUGUUGGAGGAUGGUGAUUAUGCAUUAUGUUAGGAUUAUUUUGACUUAAUUUGGUUUUAAUGUUGGUUUUUUAAGAUUAGGAAGAUGAUUAUGUUAGAAGGUGUAGGUCGGAUGCUGAAGUGUAGGAUGUAUAAGUUUAAUUUGGUUUGGUGUAACUUUAUGUUAUUGAUGUUUAUUCUUAGUGUUGAUGUUAUUGAUGUUUAGGUUGAAUGUAGUUUAUGGUCUGUAAUGAAUCAAACUAUUUGCUGCUUUGUUUUAAUGUUGUUUUAAUGAAUCAAACUACUCAAUGUUGAAA